AUGCAUGUUGAGAGACAGAAGCAGAGAACGGUUCCAGUUGGCUUUCGCUUUCAUCCUUCAGAAGAAGAACUUGUCUUCUAUUAUCUUCGAAGCCAGAUAGAGGGAGAACCACUUCUUCCUGGGGUAGUGCAAGAACUUGAUCUUUAUGGAGAUAAGAAUCCUUGGGACUUAUUUGACAAGAACAAGACUGAGCACGUAUUCACUAAGUUGAAGAAAAAGAGCCGAGCAAAGUUGACAGGCCGAUCAGCAAAGCCAUGCCCUAAUGGGAAGAAUCCUUUGUGGUUCAAGAAAGAUUUUAUAUUUGAAGUCAACAAGCGAUCUGCAUAG